CUUGUUCAAAUGUGUCGAGAUUAGCAGCUGCCACAGUUUUCAACUUGGUUAGCGGAAUGUUCGCUAUCGGCUAUGUGAAUCGACCCACUCUCCCGACCACCAACUCCCGAAGUCCAGUUACUAAAAAGAUACUCUCAAUCAGCUGGAAAAUUGAUCACUUCCAAACGAGGUCAGGGAUCAUUCAGAGUGUCCUCUUCACUACUAACUCAUUGUCUUCGGCGGGCGCUUUUUUGAGCGUAAAUACAAGUAGCGAGUCUGCAAACGUGUCAGCUGACAGCCAGCCUUCAGAGAUAUGGUGUCUAGAGUUGGACACCAAUCGAUCUCCUUUUGAAGACAGAGGAGCAGUUUCGAUGCAACAAGAACCGAACCAGCAAGUACCCACGUGCAAUAACUUGAACAAGUAUAGUGCUCCUGAUCAGAGGAGGCUGUUCAGAAGCACUUUGAGCAGUGGCGCUGCACCUUCCUCGUCGGCCAACAGGAACAACCCCAACGAACAGAGUGGCUUCAUAAAUGCCACAGCCGCCAACAGUAUCCCAAAUGACCCCUCCAAUUCUUCAAGAGUGGGCACGCCCGACUUCGAAGUGAACAAUACACUUGGAGGGGGAGGGGGAGGGGGAGGGGGAGGAGGCGGUGGUGUACAUGCACCGAUGGGCACACCAGCAGGACACCCCGCCUCUCAAGGGGCAUCGGGUGUGGGUGUGGGUGUGGCGGGAACAAGUAGCACUACUUUGAUGCAGCAGCAGCCACAUGCGGCGGUGGCUGAUUCGUCCAGCAGCUCCAACUACAUGUCACUGUACUUGAGGCUGGUCUAUUGCAAGCAGGAGUUCACCUAUGUUCACCUCAAGGCGGGUGUGUUCACUGAUCGGAUGGACGUGACAGUGCUGGGGGAGAAGGACUUCCAGACGGACGAGGGGGGCAUCGGCUGGGCCCAGUUCCUCAACAAGGAGAGUGUGGGCAAGUUCAUCCUCGGCGGAGGGGGAGGGGGAGGGGGGCAGAAUGAGCACAAGCAGGAGCACAUGGACAAGCAGGGAUACAUACAGCUCUACUUGGAACUCAUUCUGAACGAGACCAAACGAAAGGAGGGGGUGGAGUGCAAGGCCCUGGCCCACUCCGACCUCAUCAUGGACUUGAGCAGCCUCCUCUCUCAGAAGAGUCUGAGUGACGUGCAGUUAGUGUGUGGGGACAAGAAACUACAUGUGCACAAGGCACUUCUCGCAGCCAGGUCUCCCAUCUUCAGGGCGAUGUUCAUGCACCCGUCGCAGGAGAACCAGACGAACCAGAUUGAGUUGAAGGACGUGGAGUGGGAUAUUCUGGAGGAGCUGAUCAACUUCAUCUACACUGGCCAAGUGGCCAGACUGGACCUGCUGGCGGACUCUCUGCUGCCGGUGGCCGACAAAUACGCAAUAGUGUCGCUGGUGAAACUGUGUGAGGAGUCGCUGUCUUUUAACCUGACAGUGGACAACGUCGUCCACAGACUGGUGUUGUCCUACUUGCACAAUGCUGUCACUCUCAAGCGAGCAGCACUCGGCUUCAUUGAGCGCAACAUCUGCACUGUCAGACUCACCGAGGGCUGGAUCCAAGCACAACUCAAGUACCCCCAGCUGUUCCUCGACUGUUUCCCUUUCACAGAACAGUUAUCUCUCAUCGUGUCCAAAAGCAUGAUGUCAUUUUGAUGCAAAUGAACAGUCCAAAAAACAAAAACAUUGUAAUUGAAAUAUAAUUAUAGACAAUGAGCUGUUGAUGAUUUCUAAUGAUACUAAGAGCUCUCUGGCUCCGGAACUUAGUUUCCGAAAAAUUUGCAUACUCAUUCUGCUGUAAUGCUCAAUACUGCGGUAAACUCAGUUAAGCAUAAUUGACUUUGUUAGUUUA